GGAUAUUGAAGCUCUUCUGGGAAAAUCAAGACAUGUCUCAACUUAAGGUCAGACCUGGUUGAGUUAGUUAUGGUCGUUCGUCCCAUAGUUCGGAUUCUUCACUAUUGGUCCAUAAUAGUUUGAGACAUAAUUGCUCAAAGGUAUCCGACAGGAUCUAUAGCCCUGUGCUCCUACCGUCUGCAGGAAUAAAGGCUUUCAGGAUCACUCCACUGAAAACUCCGAAUUCUUCACUUAUUAAGCCAUCCUAACAAAACAAUGAGUGUCUAUGGCUUGUACGUAAUAAGUGAGUCUGGCUCACUUCAGUUCUACUAUGACCACUCUGACGUUGUAAUGGAAGUAGAAAAGAAAUACGAAUUCCCACUACCCUUUCAUUUUAAGGCUGUUGAUGGUCGUCUCAUUGUGAAUUUCGGAGCCUGUGAUGAGGUCAAGAUUGGAUACACCGUUAUAUCAGUCGAUGGCAUACCAGCUAAAGGCACAUUACUUGAAGACAACAGAGAUAUAUUGAAAGUUUUUUCAGAUAAGACUAAUUUCCCAUUGACUGUUAAACUUGGAAGGCCUCGACUACGCCCAAAUGAUCGAAUUCAUCUUGCUAGCAUGUUUCAUCCAUUGCACUCAUUGGCUCGACUUCUCUCCCCAAUCCCUGAUUCAAAAUGGAAUUUCGUUGGACCAGUUAAUGACAAGAAGACUCCGCGAGUUUGGAAUUCAGGCAUUCAGACUUUGGAAACUGAAUGCUGUCGCGUCCACUGUUUAGAAACGCAUACUAGUGUUAAAUUCCUACUUGUCACUGAUGUCAAAUUACCAAUGGCUUCCCGUGAGGCUCUUCGUAGGGUUUAUGAAGCGUACACCGAUUUCGUACUGAAGAAUCCCUUCUAUGCACCAAACCAACCCUUCAGCUAUGAAUUCUUCACAAAUCAAAUCAAAAUUAUAUGUGAUCAGGUCGAAAAAGGAAUAUAUGUAAUUAACUGACUUCUUGUAAUUUUAUAGUUGCAUUCAUUUCCGGGAUUCAACUAAGCAUAUCAUUUCAAUAUUCUUGUUUUUUCUGCUAAAGUUCUGUAUACCAGCAUUUCUGGCUUUUCUGUAUGCAUAAUUUUCAUUUUAUAAGGAUGUAUUUAUCAAGU